AUGCUCAAUGAGAUCUUAACAAUUGUAUUAUUCCUGAAAUCUACAGAAAAUCAAUUAUAUGGUAGCAAAAUUUUAAAAUGUUUUUUUUUCAAAAAAAAAAAUUGCAGAUCCAACUUGGUUAUCUUUUCUUCAAGUACAAAAAAGUUUGACUGACAUUUUAUUCAAAACGUAUGAUGCUUCGAUUUCUCCAGUUCUGACUCGCCAAAAAGAAAAUGAAGAUAUAUUUUUUGACAACUCAAACUAUUCUCAAAAAUGGAAUUAUACUAUAGAACUUUAUUAUUUGCAGUUAGUUGAAGUUAAUGAGCCUUCCGAAAAAGUUACUGUAGUUAUUGAAGUAAUGGAGGUAGAAAACUAUACUUUUAGAAAAUAUAAUGUGUAGAAAUUACAAAUUCCGAAUAUUUUAGCACUGGUAUGACCCACGUUUAGUUUGGGACUCUGUCAAAUACAAAAAUAUUUCGAAUUUAUAUGUUAGACAGGAUAAAAUCUGGAGUCCUUCUUUAUCACCUUACGGAAUGUAAGCAUUGCAUUUUCAGCUCUAUUUUCAAACAAAAUUAAUAUUUUUCAGAAAUGAUGUUGUUGAUUUUCGAGAUCAAGAUUUUCGUCAAGCCUCAAUUGAAAACACUGGCUUUGUUUUUGUGUUUGAUCUUGUCAGGAUUGGUGUGAAUUGUGACUUAGAUAUGAGAAAAUUUCCAUUUGAUGUUCAAACUUGUUUGAUUCAAUUCGGACUUCCAAUGUAUUAUGUAAAUGAAGUUUCGAUAAGUUUCAGUUUCUAUGAAGAUUUAUUAAAACCUUCAAGAAUCAAACAAAUGGUUAGAUUAAUUUUGAACAUACGUGGAGAACAUUUAUUUUAUUUUAGGGAAAUUCUGAAUGGAUCGUUGUGAACUUAACCACUAAACAUAGUAUUGAAGGUUUUGAAGAUUCUAUCAGUGGACUUGAACUUAAUGGAUUUUUUAUCACCAUGAGAAGAAAUCCAUUGUAUUAUUUUUAUAUGAUUAUUUUGCCAGCAUAUGUAAUCAACGCUGUUUCAUUGUUUGGUGUAUUUUUGAAAAAAUCAGAUAAAAUGUCGAGAGUGGGGCUUUUCAUAUUUUAUCUUAGGGAAAAAUUUUUUUAUUUCUGCCAAAUUUUCUGUUUAUAUGUCACAAUGUUUCAAUUACUAUUUUCAGCUUAAUGUUGGGCUCACAACGCUAAUGACUAUGACAUUCAUCCUCGGAGUAAUUGCUGAUGAUAUUCCAAAAACUGGAGUUAUUCCACUUUUAGGAAUUUAUAUAAUUAUCCAUCUGGUAAUUAUGAUAAUUUCAAUCGGAGUUGUAAUGUCAAUUGAAAAAUUUCGGAUUCUAAUAAAAGAUCGAAUUUCAGACCAGAAAAAGUGAGAUCUUCAAAAAACACUCAAUUGUGAUAUGUGUUUUUCAGGCUUCAAAUGUUGCUUGGAAAUCCUUUGGAAAACAUAAUAAUUAUAUUUCUUCACAUAUUGAAUUUUGCAAAUUUUUCAAUGAUGAUUGUAUUUUGGAUUACUGGAUGAAUAAAGUUCAUUAA